AUGAGGCAGCUCAGGAAAGACGACAUUAGUCUUGAAGUUGUAGAAAUACAACGUAUCGCCCACCAACUUACAAGCGUUCUAUAUCUUCUCCACUCCAGCGCUGUCUCAAUAGCGCACGGCGACCUCUACAUCGACAUCAUCGUUCUCGAAAUAUCAAACGUCGAUUCCCUCUCCGCUAUCGAAAUGUUUGAAAUGUUUGGCCACCCUGAAUAUGGGAACAUAUGCACGGCCACAGGAGACUGUCCUUCAUCACCAUCAGCACCAAGAUAUAUCGUUCAGCCUGCAGAUCUUGGUAAAGUGUUCUCAUGGCGCACGGGGAAUAUCAAGGUCAUUGAUUUCGGACAGUCCUUCCGCCUUAACAAUCUACCCCCAGCACUAGGAACGCCUGCCCACUACUGCUCUCCGGAGUUGCUUGUUCAUAACAUGGCUGGUAAGCCAUCCGACACUUGGACGCUUGCUUGUUGCAUAUUCGAGAUACGUAUGGGGGAAGAUCUGUUCGACGGAUUAGGAUAUGAUGACGAGACCUUACAUCAAAGGGUGGAAUUGUUAGGACCUAUGGACGACUCACUGAUGUAUGUUAAGCUUUAUGGAUUCAGUGGUUCGCGAUGA